AUGACUUCGGUUAUUAGUGAAAGUGAAGAUAUUGAAAUAGCCUCUGCUGAAAAUGAAAGUACUGAGGUUACUACUACUGAAAUUCCUGCACCACAUACAGGGGCCACUAUUUGUAAUACAUUUUUUACGUGUCUUGAAGAUUAG